UGAUGGGACAGUCGCCGAGGCGCCAAACCCGUCGCGAUAUCUUUCUUCUAUACUUCUUGUGUGUUGCGUUGUUGCGUAUGUUUUGUGUGUGUGUGCCUUGUGUGUUCUGUGGUGUUUGGUGAUCGUUGUCGCUGAGAAGAGGCACUCAUCGGUUUUUCAAAUUUUUUAUACGAAACUAUUUUAAAUCUUGAAACUUUAAUAUUUUUUAUAUUCAUAUUUCGUGAAUAAUAUAUAAAAAUCAAGAAAACAUGAGGAAAGAUCAAGACAAGGGAGGCGAUAGACAAGAGCCUGAGCAGCUUCGCAAACUCUUUAUCGGUGGACUGGACUUCCGCACCACCGACGAGUCCUUAAAAACGCAUUUUGAGCAAUGGGGCGACAUUACGGAUGUAGUAGUGAUGAAGGACCCCACAACAAAACGUUCCCGUGGAUUCGGUUUCAUCACAUACGAAAAAGCUCAUAUGGUGGAUGAUGCUCAAGCCAACAGACCACACAGAGUGGAUGGGAGAAUCGUUGAAGUUAAAAGAGCUGUUCCAAGACAAGACAUUGGCCGUCCAGAAGCUGGAGUUACAGUGAAGAAACUAUUUAUAGGCGGUUUGGGUCAAGAUGUAGAUGAAGAGGACCUCAAAGAGCAUUUUGGAAAAUUUGGAGACAUAGUCUCUUGCACUGUUGUAUCAGAUAAAGAAACUGGCAAGAAGAGAGGCUUUGCAUUUAUUGAAUUUGAGGAUUAUGAUACAGUAGAUAAGAUUGUGUUGCACCGAAAUCACACAAUCAAGGGUAGACAGGCAGAUGUAAAGAAAGCUCUGAGCAAAGCAGAGAUGGAACGUGUAGGAUCUGGUGGAGCUGGAGGUGGUCAAAGAGGAGGACCCAGAGGUGGUGGCAGUGGCAUGGGAGGACCCCGGGGAGGAGGUGGCAUGGGCGGCGGAGACCAAAUGGGAGGCGGCUCCUGGGGCGGUCGUGGAGGCCAAGGCGAAUGGAACCAGGGUGGCGCAAUGGGCGGUGGAUACGGCGGCGGGGCUCCUAUGGGUGGAGACGGAAUGGGUGCAGCAUGGCCGAACCAGAGUGGCGGGCAAUGGGGGGCGCAGGGUAGUGCUGGUGGAUCGUGGGGUGGUGGACCUCAAGGUGGUGCACCUUGGAAUGGCCCGGGUGACCAGUUUGGAAACAACUAUCAGCAAGGAUAUGGUGGAAAUGCAAUGCGUAACAACUACCAACAGCAGAGACCAGCUCCUUACAAUACUGGCGGCUAUGGUGGUGGAUAUCAAAAUGGCGGCAACAGGAGAUACUAAGAGAUUGCAAAAGUAAGUGCACACUGCUCAUAUCAUCGCGAUUAUUUAUCACAGUGUCAGGUGUGCUUUAAGAUAUUUCUCAUUAGUUCGUAUUGAUUUCGGUUAAUUGAGUCAUUUUAACUGGAGAAUCCAUUUAAACAAGAUCUAAUUUCAAGAAAAGUUUUAUCGAUUUAUCGUCGAAGGGUAGAUAGAUUCUCACAAAAGUAGCUAUCAAAAUAUUUUCUUAUAUCAGUAUUAUGAAGAGUGUUGGAUUUUUAUUUGAAAAAUAUGUAUAUGUAUCUGUAGUGUAUCUUUAGAAAAUUAUUUUGCUUUUCAAGUUCUUCCUUUCUAGACGAUGAAAAUCUUCGAGUGUUCCGGCCGUUAACGGUUUUAAUAUCAUCACUUGAACAAAUCGAUCAUUCAACGAUGAAUAAACAUUCAUGUUAUUCAGUCUUUUAAAUUCCUUAUUGUUCAAUUUGGUAACAAAACAUCAAAAUUUUGGCAAACAUCACACAAAAACUGUUUGCCACUUCGCCACUAUUUGUUAUUAAGGAUGUUUGAAAGAAUUAAUUUGGCAAAUUGGUGCAAGUGAAAUAAAUUUUGUUUAAAUGGAUAUUCCAGCAUAGACAACAUUGUAUACCCACUUAAAGUAGAUGGAGACGGUUUAUUUCUAAUUUUCAUGGACAAGGUUAGGGUAUUGCACUCUUUAAGAAUUCAUGUCACUUUCAAAUUGAUUUUUUAUUUGGUUGAGCCGUUUUACCGAGGAUUUGACGUUGUGCAAUACCAAGAACUCAUGCAAAUUUCUUGUACACAAUAAUCAUAUGUGUUGAGUAUAUAAAUAAACAAUAGAAUAGGUUAGAUUUUAGUCUUGUCAACAAAUGUCUUGGGAGUUAGAUAAUAGGAUUGUAUUUACAUCUGUAUUAUUUUUAAAUACAUUAGUUUAUUAAAGGAAGUUUCGUCUUGAUAGUUCUUUAGUAUUAUCCUUUCAUCUUAAGUUUAGAUACAUUUAGGAGCAUACAUAGUAUGGGGCGGUGAAGAAAUAUAUAGGCGUCGUUGAAGAAUAUAGCAGAUAAAAUUUGUUUAUACAUGUCAUUCCAACAAUUUCUGUGUCUCUAGGAAUCAACCUUGAUGUUGGUUAAAAAUAGGUUAUUGAAAGUUCAUUCAAUUUGAAUCAUGGUUUGCAGUAUAUUAAUAGGUAUGUGGACAUACAUACUGCAUUAGGUUAUUAAAAGGGAUAGAAGAGAUAAUUUUAUUUGAUAGGAAAUUCCUAUUUUAAAUAUUUUUGAUUAUAAUUGCUAUAAUUUAGUGGUCAUGUGAUAACUGGUUUUACAAGAGCUUUUUUUGUGGCCAAGCGAUUGCCGCAUGAUAUUGAUAAAUAUGGUUUGACAAAAAAACUGUAUCUGAUAAUAAGGGUAAGGGACACCAUUAUAAAUAAGGUUGGUCGUAACAUGUUGACAACAAAAAAAUUUGUUACAUGGCAUUCUGACUUUUCCUCUAUGGCUCAUUAUUUAAAGUUGAAUCCAAUUUUGUAGUUUUGUUGCAUAUUUAACAACACAAUCUCAAAAUCAGCAAAAAAAUGAAAUGUAGAAAAACUGACCUGAUAUAUUUUUUUAAAAAUGCUCUAGGUUUCAGUAACUAUCAAAAUAUUAGUCAAUUUCAAAAAUCGCAGGAGAAAUAUGUUUACAGGAAAUAAGUGACUUUAUAGUGAACAGAUCUGAAUAUGUAGGAUUUGUAUGGGUUAGGAAGAGAGAAAAAGUUAUAUAGGAUAGGAACAGAUAGUUAAAGAGAUAUUAAAAUAGGUAUGUAUCUUUUCAACUUUUAGUUAGGAUAGUUAAGUGUUUGGGACAUACUGUGAUAUUCUACGGUAGUUUAGGUUUGUACUCAGAUUAAGUUUUUUCAAAUUGAAUAUUUCACAUUGACAGGUAUGACUGGUACCUUCCAUGGCUUCACUUGCUGUUUUUAUGAUGUCUUUAGAAUUAUAGAAAUCAUUAAGCCAUUCAUAAUUUGCUGGAGCGUAUUUAAAAAUGUCAAAAUUAUCCAUUCUUAACACAUUUUACUCACCCUCAUUUAAUAUCAAUCGAAAGAAAAGUGGUUUAACUUUAUCAUCCAAAUGUUUGCCACAAAAAUAAAACGUUCUCGUGUAUUAAUUUGAUUGAAUGAUUUCUAAAUCCAAACCUCUAGACUAGAAUUCAACAAUAGUACUUUUAGCAUAAUAUGCAUAAAUGACAAAGUACAGUAGGUGUUUAGGUGAUGAGAAAAGUUGCAAACAGCAAAAUAGCGGCAGUAUCUACAAGAUAUAUUAACUAGAGUCUAAGACGUAAAUCUUUUAUAAUAGGCAAUAGCAAUCAGAUUUAUGUGAUGUGAUGGGUAUUUUGAUUACUUUUGUAACUGAUCAGAUUAGGCUCAUACAUUAUUGAAAACAAACAUCAUACAGAUACAUUUUCCAUGAAGUGUUUAUCGUUAUUAUAAAGGUGAUUCGAUCAAAACGAUUAAUCAGUGCAAUUUUCCUUAUUUAGGAUAAGCCCGCUGGAAAAAGAACGACAGGAACCUCGAUGGUACCGGGCUUCCGCAUAUCAAGGAGAGGUAAACAUAAACGCGAAUAUACAAGGUGUGACCAAAAACUAUCUGACUAUGUGCGUUCUCUUAACAGAAAGGUGCUCUGUUUUACCAUGAAUUUUACAUCCAGUUUGAGACCGCGGUUAUACUCCAAGGUGGCAGGCGACGAAUGGCGGGUGGUAAGUGACAGACGGUGUCACUUGUACCGGUUUGCAUUGCUUUCUUUGUAGUAGUAGUAGUAGAAAGAUUUAUUUAGCACGUUUGGCUACAUAAAUAAAAUAAUUAUAAACAACUUAAGUUCAAAAAUUUUCACAUUCAUCGAUUUUAACUAGCUAAGCAGAUGUUUAAUUGGAGUAUAUUUAUAUUUAUACAAAUACUAGUCUCAUGCACUUUAGUCUUUCACAACUGGAAUAAAUAAUAGAAUAGUUAGAAUAUUCGAACAGUACAAGAAAUUUGGGAGAAUAGAUAAUUUUUCUCCUAUAUGAACUCGGACAACCAGAAGCUUUUGAUAAAUAUCCCACUUUGCUGCUAAUCUUGUUUAUAAUUUUCUCAUAAUGUAUAUCAAAUUUUAAUUAAGGGUCAAGUUAAUUUUUGUAACGGAAAAAUGUCCUACCAAGGGCAGCAUUGUCCAACUGUGAUCACCAAGUUUAGGAGUGUGUAGAGCUUUAAUCCCUUCACAAAAUACCCGUUUAUACUUUACAUUGGUGGCGGGAGAUCCUCUCCGCAAGAGUAAUUAGCACCUUUGUUAAACUAAACCCAAAUAAUACUAGCAUAAAUCCGAUGGACCUUUCUGGAUACUCCCUGAAAUCCUGAGGUUUCUGUACAGAUUUAAUGCGCUAUGUUGCUGACGCACUGAGAUGGUAAAUACAGCAUUCCUUUAUAUAUAUAUAUAUAUAUAUAAAAUCCGAACGACACCCCGAUGAAAACUAUUUAAAUUUUUUAGGUCUGCAAACCGCUGCCGUCAUCGUAAAAAGUAUAAACACAUUGUCAACCGUCGCCUGCUACCCGUUACCUGCCUGAUUCUUAAAACUAUAUUGGCACCUAACACUUCCAAGAAUCGAAUCUUUUGGCGAUAGUUGUAGUAUUAUUGGCGGUAACUUAUUUACGUAAAUGUGGAAGCAAAGUUAUUGACAAAAAGUUGAAAUAUUACACGCAAGUAAUCGAAAGUUUUUGUCUACACCUUGGGCUUUUAUAUGUUUCUACGCAAAUGUUGUUGGUACGUGUGAUAGAUGUUUUAAUACAGAUUCGAAAAAACAUUUAAAAGAUGAGCAGUUGUGAAAUCCAAUAUUUUUGGUAUGACUAAACUGGCUGCUGAACAUUACCUUUCAAAGGCUAAACAAGCUAUAGAAAUUUCUUGUGGUACGAGAAUGUACCCCGCUCCAAUAUCACUAUUAAACUGCAACACGAUUUGUUAGUAUUUACUGCAAAGUGAACAAGACGAUGAACAUACAAGACAUGAAUUCGUUUGAAAUGAUUAAAAAUAUCUGAUCGAUAAAACUGGAGAAUGGAAAUUCUAUUCUAAUUCGAGAUUCACACACACGUUGGCAGCAAGUCAUUUAAACCCUUAUAUUUUUACCCCAAAAAUAUUAAUAUUUUUACCCCAAAAAUAUUAAUAUUUUGGGAUAACAUCUCCCAAGACUUGCAACAAAAGCCUUGGUACAGGAGGGACAGUAGUAGAACUAUUUAUAUACUUAAGCCACCCUGCAUACAGGGUGUCCCAAAAUAAGGUGGCAAUCACUCGGAUUCAUAAAAAGCAAAGAAGUUAUGCUACAAAAACCUAAACAAAAUUGGAGACACAGCUCCCUAAUGGUGCACGUCCAUUGAGGGGAGGGAAGCGAUUUGAAUGCGCGAUAUCAAUCGACAAUGCUUGACUUACAGCUGCCUGCCUCCUUCUGGGUUCAUUGUCGAACAUUAUUGGUUGACCUUUUCGUGCGAGUCAAAUCGCUUCCUUUUUCCUCAUUGGGCGUGCACCUUUAAUCGGUUCUUCGUAAAUAACCUUUUUACGGCACUAUAAUCCGACGAACUUUUGACAGCAUAGUAGCAAAUAAUUGGGACCUCACAUGAUGUUCAUAGAAAACAGUUAGCUCAUU